CAAACAGAGACCCCACUUCUAGCCGCCACCUACUCGAUGCAGCUUCGACAAGGAGCUUUUAGUCAACCAACAUUUUGAAGAAAGGGCGCGCCAAACUUGCUGCACCUGCCUCUGCAAACCUACCUCAGGUACCUUAGUUCUAGUCUAAAUAUUUCCCCGGAAUUCUUCUUCUUAUUCUUCUUCUUCUACAUCACCGGAACUAGAUCUAAUCUCCGGCAGCAACAACCGUCUUCAAAUAUUCAUCACCCUUUCUUUCUAUCUCGUUCUCUCUAUACCGCUUCUCACCUCAAGAUCGACAAACAACCUGAAUUCUACCCCGCCCCCACGACGACCCACCCGGCUUGCUGGCGCUUUUACGGGCUCCGCGCCGCUGGCACGAGCCAGACCGCCGGCUGUGGUUGUGGUUGUUCCCGUCCUACUGCGCUGUUACACUCACCACCAAGACCGACCUCGGAAGCUUCGUUUUUCCUUUUCACACUUGCACACGGGGCGCCGAUGGAGGGCGAGGUCAUGCAGGCCCCUGAUUGUGCAGACGAUGUGCUCUCGUACAUAAGUCCAACCGGAUACUCAUAUUAUGCAAUCGCCACCGACUUGACUCCAGCGUUCUACAAGAACCUUGUUGAUCGUUGUUGGAGGCGUUCCGGCACGCUUUUAUAUCGACCCAACCAGAGGCUAGCAUGUUGCCCACAUUAUACAUUACGUCUUGACGCCUAUGAGUGCAAGCCAACCAAGGAUCAGCGCCAGGCAGUCAACCGUUUCAACCGCUACGUCCUCGGCGACGCCUACAUCAAGGACUUAGCGCGCCUGCACCCUCGAUCUCGCGAUGAGGCCAAGAAGCGCGAUGCUGUCUUUAACCUCGUAGAGAGGAUACACGAGGCCGAACUAGAUGCUUUGCCUUCGGGUCCCACUCCGGCACACAAGUUUACCGUGACUCUUGAAACUGAUGAGUUCACGGAGGAAAAGUAUGCUGUUUUCGAGAACUACCAGCAGGUCGUGCACAAUGAACCGCCGCAGAGGGUCAGUCGCACCGGCUUUAAAAGAUUUCUCUGUAACUCGCCCGUGCAGCGAACAACUGUGACGACUGCUGAAGGCUAUGUGCGUAAGCUCGGAUCCUACCAUCAGUGUUACCGACUCGACGGGAAGCUUGUUGCGAUUGGAGUCCUAGAUCUCCUCCCCGACUGCGUUAGCGCAGUAUACUUUUUAUACCACGAGUCGAUCCACAAGCACAGCCCGGGGAAGCUAGGCGCCCUGCGAGAGAUCGCCUUGGCCAUAGAGGGCGGAUAUCGCUAUUGGUAUUCGGGCUAUUACAUACACACAUGCCCAAAGAUGCAGUAUAAAAACGAUUACUCACCUCAGUACAUCCUCGACCCGCAAACCCUGUCUUGGCAUCACCUGGGCGAGAGCGAGAUGCGCAUAUUCGACAGCAAUGGCUAUGCGAGGUUCUCCAGGCUGGAACAGACAAGUGGCGGGGAGAAAGGGUCGUCAGCGGAUAACAAGACACCUGAGGUCGACCCCAGAAAAGAUGAUGAAGGUGAUGCCACCACGGACGAAGAUGAUUCCAUGUAUGAAUUCCUCUUGAGGAGUGACAUGCCAGGUAUCCCCACACUGGAGGAAAUGGUAUCGCUGGACAUGGACAACCUCGCCAUUGCUGUCAACGGGUACGAUCAGCUAUUCAAGGCAUCUAACCUUGCAGUUUGGGCAAAGCAGAGUGUCUUGGACUUUCCAGCACUAAAGUCCAAGAUAGCAGAGCUCGUGGCAGCCAUUGGCCCCGACUUGAUGGACAAAUUCUGCGUUGACUUUCGGAGGCGGCAGUCAUCCUGAAACCAAUGGUGUAUAUCAAUUAACUGCUCAGGCACUGUGGGUGCGGCUCAUUUCGAACACAUCGAGUCCUGACCAAGCUUCCUUCAUCAUGGACGCUGCAAAGCUACAUGGAAAUCUGAAAGAGGCAUUAUGAAGAUAAUUAUUACAUGGGUAUUUCUAUGCAGUGCUUUAGAGCUAAAGCUGAGGUUAGAACAGAACAUGGCAGAGCCAAGCGACAGCGAGUCCAUUUUGACCAAAAAACAAACAAACAUUAGUCUCACCCUUAUCGGUCCAGUGGGUUCUUGUCUCUACUUUGCUGGCGAGACUUGCGAGACGGCCGGCACCUUGGAUGUGAGCUCCCCUAUCACUUCGGCCCAGGCAAGUUUCUGGACCUUUUGGGCGGUUUCGCUCGUAAGCACGGGUUCCGAUUUCCUGAAGCCCCAACGCUCGUCAGUUACACUCAUUUUAAUGCCCAAGACGCAGAGUAUUUCUGGUUUCUGGUGAACAAACUUACUUGGCAUACGCGUCGUCUGCAAUAUAGUUGUUGAUAAAUUUGCCCUGUAUCAUAAAAUAAUCAUCAGUACAUACUUUGUCGAAUCGGG